GGCCGGAGAAGGCUGGACCCCGCCGCCGUGAGGCGCGGCGCCCGCCCGGACCCAGCAUGUAGUGCCGGGCGGCUGCCAUGAACCGCGGCGCCAUGAGGAUCCACAGCAGAGGGCCGUUCCAGGGUGGAAUCCAAGUCAAAAAUGAAAAGAACAGAUCAUCUCUGAAAUCUCUUAAAAGUAAUAACAGAUCAGAAAAAUCCAAAUAUAAGCCACUCUGGGGAAAAGUAUUUUACCUUGACUUACCUUCUGUCACCAUAUCUGAAAAACUCCAAAAGGACAUAAAGGACCUAGGAGGGCGAGUUGAAGAAUUUCUCAGCAAAGAUAUCAGUUAUCUCAUUUCAAAUAAAAAGGAAGCAAAAUUUGCACAAACACUCAGUCGAAUUUCUCCUGUACCGAGUCCAGAAUCUGCAUAUGCUGCAGAAACCACUUCACCUCAUCCCAGUCAUGAUGGAAGUUCAUUUAAGACUCCAGACACAAUGUGUUUAAGCAGAGGAAAAUUAUUAGUUGAAAAAGCCAUCAAGGAUCAUGACCUUAUUCCUUCGAAUAGUAUAUUAUCAAAUGCCUUAUCAUGGGGAGUAAAAAUUCUUCAUAUUGAUGAUAUUAGAUGCUACAUUGAACAAAAGAAAAAAGAGCUGUACUCACUCAAGAAAUCAAGUACUUCUGUUAGAGAUGUGGGGAAAGAUGUUAAUAUUGGAACACAAAAAACAAGAACAGGAAGACUCAAAAAGCCUUUUGUAAAAGUAGAAGAUAUAAGCCAACUUUAUAGGCCAUUUUAUCUUCAGCUGGCCAAUAUGCCUAUAAUAAACUAUUCUGUUCAGAAACCUUGCAGUCCAUUUGAUGCAGAUAAGCCGUCUAGCAUCCAAAAGCAAACUCAGGUUAAACUAAGAAUCCAAACAGAUGGCGACCAAUGUGGUGGAACCCCAAUUCAAAUCCCAUUGAAAGAGAAGAAAAAAAAAGGAUAUUGUGAAUGUUGCUUACAGAAAUAUGAAGACCUUGAAACUCACCUUCUCAGUGAGCAGCACAGAAACUUUGCAGAGAGUAACCGUUAUCAAGUUGUUGAUGAUAUUGUGUCAAAAUUAGUUUUUGAUUUUGUGGAACUUGAAAAAGAUACACCCAAAAAGAAAAGAAUAAAAUACAGUGUUGGAUCCCUUUCACCUGUUUCUUCAAACAUGCAGAAAAAGACUGAACCAAAAGAAAGACUAGCACCACAACAUAUUUCUCAGAAAGAUUUCAGGGAAUAUAAUGUACAAAUGAUUAAGCAAACUUUUGUGGUUGAAGAAACCCAGGAACCCAAAGAACAGCUUGUGUUUAUUUCAGAACCCAUCCCCUACCCUUCAAAUGAAUCGAAAAGACUGAAUGAGAAAAUGAUUAAUGAAUGUUCCAUGUUAAAUGCAGCUGAAAAUGACACAAAACAGAAUUUUACACAGCUACCUCCAUGUGAAAAAAACAACCAGGAAUGCCUUCUUGAUAUUUGUGAACAUGAACUAACUAUAAAUGAAAAUAACUUAGAAGCACUAAGGGUAGAUCACUGUCCUAGUAGUUUACAGACAUCUGUACAAGUUUCUCAUUUCAAAAUGGGUAAUAAUGUAUCCCAUCCAAAACAAAAGUCAGAUACUAUGCUUUUUCCCGCAAAAGAUCUAAAGGAAAAGGAUCUUCAUUCAAUAUUUGGUCAUGAUUCUGGUCUGUUAACAACAAACAGUUCAAAAGAACACCUAACAGUAAACACAAAAAUUCCAUCCUGUCAUCCUCCUGAGGAACUCAAUGAAUGUGACAUCAAGAAUGUGGAUAAUUUACCUUCUAACAAGAUCUGCCGAAAAGUGAGAAUAUUAUUAGGACGAAAUAAAAAAGAAAAUCUGGAGCCAAAUGCUGAAUCAGAUAAGAAAAGGACUGAAUUUCUUAUUACUCAAGAAGAAAACAAAAUUUGUAGUUCACCGGUACAGUCCCUACUGGAUUUAUUUCAGACUAGUGAAGAGAAAUCAGAGUUUUUGGGUUUUACAAGCUAUACUGAAAACAGUGGUAUAGGCAAUGUUUUGGAUAUUUGGGAAGAGGACAAUUCAAAUAAUCUGUUGUCAGCAUUUUUCUCUUCUCCUUCAACUUCUACAUUUACUGGCUUCUAAUUUUUUAAAAAUAUAUUCAUAAAUGAUAAGGUUCAUAUUCUUAAAAUUUUUAUAAAUCUUAGGAUGUUUUGCUAAUUUUGUUUACAGAACCAUAUUUAAAUGUUAAUAAAGGUGAUGUUUGCAAUUGUUCAUGGAAUUGAAUAUCUGUUAUAUAAAAAUAAACUUGAAUCAUUUUACUGUG